CCAGACCGGGACCGGGAGGAGGAGGACGGGAGGACGGAGAGAGAAGAACCGCGACGGAAACACAACAAAGCGGGCAGAACCCGGGCCGAAACGUGCACCGGGGCGAGCACCGGGACCAGCACCGGGACGUGCAGGCUCGGGGCUCUGUGGGGGGACCGGGCUGCCCGUGAGCAGGGUUUAGGGAGUGGAACCAGCAACCUCCUGCUAGGACCAGGCCCCGCUGACAGCAGGACCAGCACCGGGACCAGGACCAGGACCAGGCGGGCUCCCCGCCCCGGGACCGUGUGUGCGGGGCUGCAGCCCCGGCGGGGAGUGGAGAUUGUGGAGCUGAAGUCUCCAGUGUUCUGGUCACAUGGUGAAGUGUUUCCCCCCCGGUCCAUCCGGACCUGUGGAUUAGCAGACUUCACAAAGAGCUCCAUGACUGGAAGGAAUGCCGUUGAAACAAUGGCCCGCCCACCUUUGGAUUAACGAACACGCUCCACUUUGAAUGGAUUUUAAACAUCGGCUGACGAUUAUGGGACGUUUUAAAGAAACACUACAGACUGUUGUCUUUUUUUUUUUAGUUUAAUUUAGUAUAUUUCCUAUUUAUGACCCAUUUUUUUAUAAUUUUCCACAGAAGCACUUGAAGGCUUUGCUCCCAAAUGAAGUUCAAGUGCAUUAGUGGUAGAUUUAAGUGAGAAAAGCAAAGCUGCAAUUUUUUUUCAACCGCACUGACUUAUUGGACAUUUGGAGUGGAAUCCGCAUCAAGACUUACCUAAAGAUCAAACCCUCCCGGGUUGAUAAGGGCUCUCUUCUGUUUCUAGUACCCGUUUCUACAUAGUUACGUACCCAGGGUGGCUCUGCCCUCUGGAUACUUUGCCACAUUGGAAGAUGUUCCAGUUCAGCAAGUACCCCAUGGACAUUUUGGAGAUGCUAAGUGGACACCAGGCCCACCAGUUCAAAGGGCUUGGCCUGGAGAGACAGUUGAGCCACCAGCAGCAGGUGCAGCUGCAGCACCAGCAGCAGCUGCAGCAGCAGCACCAGCCCUCCUCCGACGGCUCGGGGAGCCUCCUGUCCGGCCUGGGACUGGGCUCCCUGCAGAGCUCCCGGAGCAACGCCUUCGCCGAUUCCUCCUCGUUAUUUGCCAAAAUCAGUGCCCCGCCAUCCAUCUCCCACCAGAGCCAGUCGUCGUCCUCCAGCCACAGCUCCAGGAAGUCGAGCAAGAUGAGCAGCAGCAGCGGCAGUUCCGCGUCGGGAUACCCGCAGUUCCUGCGGCCUUUUCACCCGGCGGAGGCGGCGCUGGCUCAGGAGCAGCUGCACUCGGGGAUGGGCCGCUUUGACUUCGGCGGCGGCGGCAGCGGAGGCAGCGCCGGGGUCAUAGGGGUCACGUCCGCGCCCCCGCCUCCGCCGCUGCACCCGGGCCUCGCCGUGCCCCAGCCUUCCCCCGGCCCUUCCUCCUCCUCGCCAUCGCCCUCCACCUCUUCCUCGGCCUCCAACAACGUCUCCGGCAGCACCGCGGUCCCUUUAGUGGGCCAGUCGGACCCGCGCAGCCUCCACCAGCAGUUCAGCUGCAUGCUCGCCGCCAACCAGUACUUCCUGUCCGGCGUGCCCACCAACAGCAGCCUGGAGCAGUUCCUCGUGCAGCAAGGCACUCACAAUCACCUGGGCCUGGGCCUCAGCCAGGGCGCCGCGGACUCCAACUCGGCGCUGGCCCCGCCCUCCGCCCUCCACUCCUCCCACGGCCACUCCACGCCGCAGCAGCAGCAGCAGCAACAGCAGCUAACCUCUCACGCCUUAUCGCACCCGCACAGCCACGCUCACCACCCGCACCCGCUCCACCCGGCGCCUCAGCCCGCCCCGCUGGGCGGCUUUGAUUUCCAAGGCAUUCCAGUGCUUUCCUCCAACCAGAUCGCUUCGUUAAUGCAGCAGGAGGCGGGCCUGCCCCUCCCCCUGCCUCUGCACCUGUCCAUAUCGAAAGAGGACGCGUCGAAGUCCGGAGACAGCUCGUCUACGUCGGGGACGAGCGGCGGCAGCAGGAGAAAGAAGGCGAUGGCGGGGUAUCUGCCGCAGAGGAAAACGGACAGUAGCAGUCACACCAGCCACAGCAGCAGCUCCAGCGGACACAGCCAGAGCUCGUCCUCGGGCCUGGUGGGCGCGGGAUCCGGGGCGGGGGCCCUGAGCGAGUCAGGGCACUCCUCUCUUCUUUCGUCUUCCUCCCAGUCAUCGUCCACCGUCUCCUCAUCGUCGUCUGCCCCCGCCUCCUCCAAUUCCACUUCCGUGCUGGUAGCCAACGGCAACCAGCAAUUGCCCAAAUCCCAAGAGAGUCACAACAAUAGCUCGUCCUCACAACCGGAACCAGAGCCCCUUUACCACUGCGGCGAAUGUGGUAAAACCUUCACUCACCUGUCCAGCCUGCGGCGGCAUCUCCGCAGCCACGGCCUGACGCCGGAAAGCCAAAGCAGAAAGUCGGACUGUAAUUCUCCCAGCCCGGAGAGAAUAUUCUGCUGCGGCGAGUGCGGGAAGAGAUUCAAAAAGAGAGGCCACCUCAUCCAACACAGCGUCACCCACUCGGAAAAUCGCCCCUUCGUCUGCAGCAUCUGCCAAAAGUCCUUCAACCGCCGAGAGUCGCUCACGAGACACGAAAAGAUCCACGACGAGAAGCCCUUCCGCUGCCCGGCCUGCGGCCGCUGUUUCCGCGAGAGCACCUCUCUCCUCAACCACGCCGCGUCGGGUGCCUGCGGCAAACCGCCGCGCAGCUCCAAGAACCGGGCCGGCGGCGCGGCCAACGCGUCCUCCAACCCCAGCAGCAGCAAAAUGGGAAGCAGCGCUAACGGCGUAGGGAUCUCAAACGACGGGACGGGGAUGGCAAGCGACAAGUACGCGACGGAUUAUUCCAGAAAUCGCUACCAGAAUCAGCCGCCGUACAACAGCAGCGUCGACGACUACAGGCGGCCGCAGCCUUCGUCUAUGUUCACCGCGGAGGGGACUUUGGCCAACGAGAUGGCUAGCCAAACUCUGCGGAAGGCCCCGUUAGCUCCAACUCUUCACCCCCAUCCCCAAAGUCAGCAGCAGCACCAUCAGCAUCACCAACAGCAGCAGCAGCAGCAGCAGCCGCCGCCGCAGCAGCAGCAGCCGCACCUCCCUCUGUCCUCCCUGUUGGACGAUUCGGAGGACGAGGUCACCAGCAGCGCCAUGUCGGCCAUCGCCGCCGCCGCCGCGGCCUCCUGCGACAUCAACACGGAGAGCAGGGAAGGAGAAAGGAGGGAUAUCAUCGGAGGGCUGUUGGGGGGGUUGGGGUUUGGUAACAUGGGCGGGCCGUCGUCCACGUCCAGCCUCAACGGUUCCACCAUGCCCCUAACGCACCCCAGCCAGCCCAACGCCAAGCCCAGGAGGCCCCGGAAACCCCGGGAGAAAAGGGACCCCAACAGCAUCGUCCGGCGGCGGAGGAGCCCGGCCCCGCCGGGGGACGGCUCGGACCGGCCGUACGGCUGCCAGAUCUGCGGCAAGCGCUUCCGGCGGGCGGAGACGCUGCGGCGGCACAACCGCGUCCACACGGGCGAGAAGCCGCACGCCUGCGAGGUGUGCGGCAAAAUGUUCCGCGAGCCUUUCCACCUCACUAAGCAUCUGACCGUUCACUCCGGUCAAAAGAACUACAAAUGCAACCUCUGCGGGAAGAUGUUCGCCUACGCACAGAGCCUGGUGCGGCACGGCAAGCUGCACCGGAGAGGCGAGAUCGACAACCAGGGCAGGAGGAUAAAGGGCGCGGCCGCCGCCAUCAGCCAGGUGGCCAACUCCGACUUCUUCUCGUCGUGCUCCCAGGAGGAGAAGUCCCCGACGUCCGGCACCCCGUCUCAGAGGCUUUACACCUGCACGGUGUGCUGGAAGUCGUUCCGCCACUAUUUCCACCUCACGGCGCACCAACAGACUGUCCACGGCGGCGGGGUGGGGCUGGAGAAAUCCUUCCGGUGUGAAGUAUGUAGCAAAGCUUUCGCCUACUCCAACAGCUUAGUGCGCCACAAGUUGUCUCAGCACGGCAUCGACCGCAACGGUCAGCGCGCGAACCAGUCGCAGCCGUCUGGAUACUCAACGCUCUUUUUUGAUUCCGGUUCAGGUUCCAACUACAGCGGAUCAAGCCACCUGCAGCAGGGAGUCUCUGAGCAGCAGCAGCAGCAGCAGCAACACCAACAACAGCAACAGCAGCAGCCGCAGCAGCAGCAGCAACAACAACCACAGCAGCAGCAGCAAGAACAGCAGCCAGAGCAGCAGCUCCAGCACCCUUUUCACUAUCGUCCAAAAAACUUCCAAAAGCGACAUGGACAGACAAGAAAGCAUAGGAAGAAAAAAAGGCGCGUGGUCAUCCACAGCAUCAUGAGAGACGGGAAGCUGGUGGGCGUCCCGCUGAGCGAAGACACGCGCCGGAAGCUGCUGCUUAUCCGGAGGAAACGGGGCAAACUGGCGGUGCAGAUCAACAAGAAGAAGCUGCUGGCGCAGCUGCGGAUCAAGGGCUGCGUGAUGAAGGUGAAGUCGUGGAGCGGCGGCGCCGUCAGAGUCACGGGCCUCACCUCCAUGGAGGUGCCGAUCAAGCGCUUCCCUUGCCCCAUCUGCCGCAGCACCACGUACGCCAAGCAGGGCUCGCUGCUGGUGCACCACGCCGUCAGGCACCCCCCCAGGAACUCCGGGCGCGUGGCGCGCCUCCUGUGCCAGGUGUGCGGCCGACGCACCGCGACGCUGCACAAGGCCCUGAAACACCGGGGCCAGCACCUGAGAAAAGCCGCCUUCCAGUGCCACAAAUGCCACCACCGCUUCUGGAACCCGCUGCUCCUGAGCCGACACAAGUUCUCCUGUCGGCGGGCGGCCGCCGCCGGUGCCAUCGCGGCGGCGGAACGGAGCUGGGGGGCAGCCAAGAAGCCGCGGUCGCCGCUGACUCACGACCCGUCGGAUAGCGAACAUUCACCGCUCCAGCCGACGGUUGCCGCGGCGAUCCAGCCCGACAGACCGGCCGUUCUUAGCGAUUACAGUCCGUAAACACAGUUUUCUAGGCUAGAUUGUUUUUUGAUGUUUAUUUUUAUUAAUCGAAGAAGCAAGUGAUCAAGAGCUAGCAAGUUUUUAACAAAUUUAAAAAAGAAAAAAAAAAGGGGAGGGGGGGUUUAGUAUGACUAGUGUAUCAUCCCCAUGCGCCCACUGCAAAAACUCAAGAAUAUUUGUCUUAUUUCUAGUUAAAAUGUCUCAUUUUUAGUUAAAAAAAAAUCUCAUUACACUUAAAACAAGAAAAAAAAACAAUUUUCACCUGUUUCAAGUAGAUUUUCCCUUGAAAUAAGUAGAAAAAUCUGCCAGUGGAACAAGAUUUUUUUGCUUGUAAUGAGAAGAUAAAUCUUGU